AUGCCGCCUUUUCAAUUUAGAGGAAACUCAAACUAUCGUGGAUCGCGUCCAAACCCAAAGCAUGAGUUCAGCUUCCGUUACCGGCCACCUCCCACUUCAGACCGACCGUUGUUAUCCAGGAAACGGGAAACCACACCGGAUCAGCUCCAGGGUGAGAGUGAGGUCAAACCUGCACUCAAGUUUGCCUCUUUGUCUGCUUUGAGUGACAGCGAAGAGGCUGAAAUGGAUAUGUCCGACGACGAUUCCGACAAUGAGCGACCGCGGAAGAAGCGCGCUCUGGGUCUUGACGGGGUCCAAGACGCUAUGCCGAGCGCAGCUCCUGCCCCUCCUGCCCCAAAAUGGUCGAACCCGGAUCCAUACACCGUGCUCCCUCCGCCAAGCGAGCAGACCAACAAAAGGAUCGACGUUGUCAAGUUGAUUAGGAAAGCAAGACUGGAAAACGCCACGAAGACUGAACAGACAGACGCAGUCAAGGAAAACUCAGACUUCAUCUCCCUCGGCAUGAUGCCAGAACCAGAACCUCAAAGCAACGCUCCGGAGAACGCCCCCAAAGGGCCCAGGGCCCAGGAAGGUACGGAUUCUGCCAUCGCAAGUCGAAAGCGAACCCAUGACGAUGAAAUCAAAGGCUACUCUAGAAAGACCGGCAAGCCUGCAAGCAGGUACAAUUACGAUGGCUCGGUUAUUGAUGAGUGGAGGCCGUUGUCUCAAGAAACAGGCACGCCUUGGAUUGAGUCUACUCCGGCUUCUUUACACAUGGGAACUCAGUUUCAUAAUGAGAUCCUCAGUUUCUACCAUUGGGCCAAGCCACAGGAAUUUGAAAACAUUGUCCGCAGAGAUCUUGUGGAACGCUUGAAUGCUGCAUUCAGGCAGCGAUACUCUGGUGUCGAAAUCCAUGCAUUUGGCUCUUUUGCCUCUGGCCUCUACCUCCCAACCGCCGAUAUUGAUUUGGUGCUGCUUUCCAACACAUUUAGACGUACAGGAGUCCGUACAUUUGGCGAGAGAAAAGGACAAAUAUACGCGUUUUCGGGCUUCCUCAAGGGCACCAACAUUGCCGUUCCCAAUUCGAUUGAGUGCAUUGCCCAUGCCCGAGUGCCCAUCCUCAAAUUCGUGGAUAAGUUGACUGGGCUGCGUGUUGAUAUGUCCUUUGACAACAACAGUGGCUUGAUCGCCAACGAGACAUUCCAAAAGUGGAAGGAACAGUUCCCUAUGAUGCCAGUCAUUUUGUCGGUGAUUAAGCAGUUCUUGCUGAUCCGUGGUCUCAAUGAAGUCUCGACCGGUGGAUUGGGAGGUUUCUCCAUUACUUGCUUGGUCACAAGUCUUAUACAGCAUCUGCCCCACGGGAACGUCCAGCCAAAUUUGGGUAGCAUUCUGAUGGACUUCUUCAGUUUCUACGGAAAGCAUUUCCAAUACGAUCAUGUCGCAAUUCGGAUGAACCCUCCAGGAUAUUUCAACAAGAUCUACUUUGGAAAUCCUGACCGCCUGACCAUCGAAGAUCCCAACAACAUGGAUAACGACAUUUCUGGUGGCACAAGGGAGAUUGAUUUGAUUCUUCGCACCUUUGCGAGUGCUCAUACUACCCUGAAGAAUCGCGUGGAAUACCUCGCACUCGUUCAAGGCCCAAACAAGAGCAUCUUGGGGCCUAUCAUUGGGGCCAACUUCGAGGAAUACAUUGAACAGCGCAACCAACUACGCCGAGUCUUCAUGACAGAGCAGAGAUUCGCUAAGCACAGAUUACCUCCACCUCCGCCGCCAGGACCCUAUCCCGUUGAUGGAGCGCAACCUCUUCCGCCGCUGCCUGAUGGACCGCCACCAUCAGAUCUGCCCGUGCCCCCGGCACAAAAGCCCGCCAAAAAGUCGAAAACGAAGACCAAGGGUUCGAAAUCUGAGCCCGAAGACAUUUCUUCCGAUGAUUCUUCCAGCGAAACAAAGUCGUCGAAGUCCCGCAGGGGUGAGACAAGACGCCAAGUUUGUCAGGAGCGCGCCGCCAGAAUCAAACGAUUAAGGCCCGAUCUCAAGAAGCUCCCUAACACUCUCAGUCUCAGACAGGCUCGUCGGCACGCCGGUUAUGAGACCAACGAGGAAAUGGAAAAGGAUUUGAAUAUGAGAGAGCAGAGACAAACCUCAGCCUGA